AUGGUAACUGUAGCAAUGUCUGAGUCUCCACUUGCUGUUGUUGAUUUCUCGAAUGAAAACAUGAAGCCUGGCACCGAUCCAUGGCUUGAAGCUUGUAAAGUGGUACGGAGAGGAUUUGAGGAUAACGGUUGUUUCCUAGCACGGUUUGAUAAGGUUGGUCCAGAGCUUCUCAACUCCGUUUUUAGUGCCACUGAAGAAGUAUUUGAUCUCCCAUUGGAAACAAAAAGUAGAAAAACCAGUGAUAAACCAUUUCAUGGAUACAACGGACAAAUCCCCGCAAUCCCUCUGUACGAAGCUUUUGCAGUUGAAAAUGCAAUGAAUUUAGAAGAAUGCAAAAAGUAUACACACAUAAUGUGGCCCGGAGGAAAUGACUAUUUCUGUGAAAGGGUGAAUGCAUAUGCUAAGGUGAUGAAAGAACUAGACCAAACUGUAAAGAAAAUGGUGUUUGAUAGCUAUGGUUUGGACAAGCAGAAAUGUGAAUCCUUCCUUGAAUCAAUGAAUUACGUGUUUCGAGGGCACAAAUACAGGAUACCUGAGAUGGAUGAGAGCAACGUGGGACUGACUCCUCAUACAGACACAACCGUCGUAUCCAUACUGCAUCAGAAGGUAGCUGGCUUGGAAAUUAAAUUGAAAGAUGGAGAAUGGUUUCGACUUGAUGCCUCACCUUUGUUUUGUGUCAUAGCAGGUGAUGCGUUUAUGGUAUGGAGCAGUGAAAGGAUACGUGCUUGUGAACAUCGUAUUAUCUUAUCAGAAUCAAAUGUAACCAGGUAUUCAUUGGGACUGUUUUCAUACAGUAAUACGGUGGUGCAAACAUCAGAGGAUUUAAUCGAUGAAGAACAUCCUUUGCGAUAUAAGCCAUUCAACUCUUAUGGAUAUCUUGGUUUCAUUUCAACAGAAGAGGGCGCAAAAUGUAAAAAUCGAAUCAAAGCAUAUUGCGGUGUUUGA